AUGUGGUCAGCUGAUGAAAUUGCUGAGCUGUGUUACCGGCAUUAUAGGACCAGACUCCCUAAGCAGGGGAAACCAGAUCCAAAGAGGGAAUGGACUUCCCUGGCAGCUGUUGUCAAAGUGGAGUCUGCAACUCAAAGAGAGGUUCUUGCUAGUCCAGGGAAUUUGCAGGUAACCAAGGAAGUUGUUGCUAUGGGAACUGGAACAAAAUGCAUUGGCCAAAACAAAAUGAGAAAAACUGGAGAUGUUCUGAACGACAGUCAUGCUGAAAUUGUGGCCAAGAGGAGCUUCCAAAGGUAUCUUCUCCACCAGAUGUGGCUGGCAACUUCCCAUCAGCAAGGCAGCAUCUUUAUUCCAGGAACAGAAACUGGGAAAUGGAAACUCAACCCAAAUACCAUAUUUGUUUUCUUCUGCAGUCAUACCCCAUGUGGAGACGCUUCUAUUAUUCCAAUUACUGAGCAAGAGAACCAGCUUUCCAAGACAGUGGCUAGAGCUGAUGUAGCUGAACAAUCAGCAGAGUGUAGAAGUAACCAUGAUCAUUUGGGUGCAGGAGAUAAAAGGAAAUCAGAGAAAAUGCCAAGUAAUCAUAUGAUCAAGAGAAUGAAAACUGAUGAUGAUGGUUAUUGUCCUGUCAUCACUGAAGACCUGACUGCUCAGCAAGUGUCUGUGAAACAAGAAGAUGACAGUAAUCCAAAGAGCUGUGAAUGUUCUGCAGAGGUGCCAGCAGCUGAUGAAGAGGCUGGCUUAGCAAGAGAAAAGGUAGUAGAUGUUUAUAGAACUGGAGCAAAAUGUGUGCCUGGAGAGCUAGGUGAUGCCAAAACACCUGGGCUGGGGUAUCACUGUGUGGGAUUAUUACGAGUGAAGCCAGGUCGUGGUGACAGAACAUGCUCCAUGUCCUGCAGUGACAAACUGGCUCGCUGGAAUGUCUUGGGAUGUCAGGGAGCUCUGCUGAUGCACUUCCUGCAGCAUCCAGUGUAUCUGUCAGCAGUUGUGGUGGGGAAGUGUCCAUACAGCCAAGAAGCUAUGCAGAGAGCAGUUAUUGAAAGGUGUCAGCACAUUUCACUUUUACCGGAUGGUUUCCUUGCUCAGGAGGUGAAGCUGCUGCAAUCGAAUCUUCAGUUUGAACACAGCCGUCAGGCAAUCCAGGAGGCUCAAGCUAACAGCAAAACAAAACUUGUUCCUUGUAGUGCAGCUAUCAGUUGGAGUGCAGUUCCUGAGCAACCUCUGGAUGUCACUUCAGAUGGCUUCCGGCAGGGAACAACAAAGAAGAGGAUUGGGAGCCUUCAGAGCAGAUCCAAGAUCUGUAAAGUGGAGCUCUUCCAUGUGUUCCAAAAGCUGGUGGCAAGUAUUUCACAAGAGGAUCUACCAGACACUCUCCGGAUGAAGACUCUAGAAACCUACUGGAACUACAAGGAAGCUGCACUGAAUUAUCAGGAAGCCUGGAAAGUGCUGCGUAGCCAAGCCCUGUUGGGUUGGAUCAAGAAUGCCAAGGAAUACCUGCAGUUUACAUGAGAAUACAUGCA